UCGAAGCAUGCGCAGAUUGGCUUGGCAACCUGUCACUGGGGAAGCGUUUAUUUAUUUUCUGGAAAACAAAAUUUGAUUUUUAUAUUAUUUAGAUAUUAUAAAUUCUUCAUUUGACAAAAUGGAUACAGUUGCCCAGAACUCCAGAGUGGCUUUUAUGUCAACUUUACAGCGAGAGUUGUUCCCAUUUAAAGUUCCACCAAACCGAUUUGGAAAUGAGAUUACACCAUUGCGGGGUGCACCACACAGAGGUCCAGGGUGUUACAACAAUGAAGAGUACACCAACUUUUGGUAUAAUAUUGAACACAAGCUUACAAGUGACAAAGGAUAUACACUUGGUGCAAGAACGUCAUUAAGGAUUCCAAAAUUGAAAGCGGUUCUCGGACCAUGUCCCACCCAGUAUCAGCAGCACUGGAGUGACCCCAAGGAAAUCCCCCCAGCAAAGAAACCCUUUGAACAAAGCAGUGAAAGAUUUCCGCUGACCAGGAAAGAAGUACAUGAUGUGGUUCCUGGUCCUGGCACAUAUGAGAGUGAAAUUGCUGCCAGUCGGAAAGUCCAGUGGCACCAGUCGUUUGGCGGUCCCCCAAUUCUUCUUCCCCCAGUCUCUGUGACCAGUACAAUAGAGAAAAACACAGACAAGUUGUUCAGUACAAAAGAAGAAAAGAAAUAUCACCGGAAACUUGCAUAUUUGAAACUGUACUAUGAAUGAACUUGUGAUCAGCACGGACACAUUGGACAUUCAUUUAUGCUGUUGUUAAUUCCAUGGAUACCAUAUCCCUGCUCAAAAGUACGGACAGUGCUUGGAUGCAAGUAAUUCAAGUACAACUACACCAUGGUUGCAAUUAAAUCCAUUUGUAUGCUUUUUACCUAUAAACUGAUACAUGCCGAUUUUUUUUUAAUGUAAAUCAGAUAUUUUGCACCAUAUAUGGAAUUCCUUACAAACUAUACAAAUUGACAAAAAAUGAUGUCAAGUUUGAAAGACGUCUCUUGUAAUACAUGGAAAUAAAAACAAUUGUCAGUGUACUAUACAUAAAGGUUUGCAAAAAUGGAGGACUACUCAACAUUCAAAGGAAGUGUACUGCAUUCUGUGAUACGUAUAUAUAAAUGUAAUAAAAUGUUUAAUAUACUAAUACUUACAUUUGCAUAUUAUAUUUGUUGAUUUUUUUUUUUUAAUAUGUAUUUUUUAAUAUGUUUAGUAUUUUCAUCUUAAAGACACAUUUAUACACUAGAAAUUUAGUCAUUCAUGCUUGACGUAUUGUACAUGUUUAACAUGAAUUAUAACAAUCUCUCCAUACACUACCAGUUGUUUAGCACUUAACAACAUUUAAAAAUAAAAACAUACAGAGAUUGAUAUAAUCAUUUUAAAAUAAUUUCUUAAUGGUUUAUUUUAUAUAUUUAGCAUAUUUGUUACAAAGCAAUCAUGAGGAAUUGUUAUUAUUGCAGAAUAAUUACAAUACAAAUACAAAAAAGUGCCAUUUUUAAUUGGUUUAAUAGAUUAUCUGCCUACUGAUAUCAAAAUAAGGAAAGUUAACAGUUAACAUGGCAAUUUUGCAUUCAAUAAUGGCACUUUUAUGUAAAGGGAAGUGUGUACUUUUAAAACGGAGUAUACUGCAAGAAGUGUUACUGUAUUUUAUUCAAUAAAAUGUACAAAAUAUACUUAGAUUUGUGUAGAUUAGUAGCACAAAAAUGUACAAACAAAUGUGUGCAAUUGUCAAAUGUGAUGGAAUAAAUAUAAAUGUUCAACAAA